AUGCGCCAUUGGCGUCUGUGGCUCGUCUUCUUCCUCGUCCUGAUCCAGGCAACUCCAGUUUACCCUGUUUCUGACUCUGCACGUCUCGUGGAAACUACCUUCUCUUUCGUUGUGGCUUCUCAACCCCUCAAUGAAGAAGCCGGUGUCGAAUGUCCCGAAACUGUCCGCCACACAUCCAUUCGCACCUACACCGGCAUCGACCCCGCUAACGCAUCCGCAGCACUGGAUGGCAUCUUAUGGAAAGACCUAGUUGUCAACGGUGUCCCUUGUCUUAAUUCCCCUGCCCAAGAAGCCUCUACGUGUUUCAAAGAUAGCCCGUCUUCCCCGCCAGACACACCAGCCGCCCAAGCCGAGCCAUUUUUUCUUGUCGGACAAGAUAAUGCCGCCCGCCGCUGUGGGCCAUUUGCUGCAAAAUUCCCUGCAAAUUACUCUUUCACAAAUGAUUUCCCACGUUUCAAGCAACGCUUCAUCGACGAGAGCAUCAUACCAUCCAACUCAGAACUCCCUGAUGAAGUCGCCAACCCGAUCCGCGGCGACAUUUACAUGUUGUCACGACAGUUUUCUCCCAGUUCCAGUGCAGUCCAGUCGCAGAUUGUCUGUACUUAUCUCGCCGCUACCCCUACAUCAACACCUGAGAUGACACCUUCUAUGACAGAAGAUGAUGGAUCAGUGUGCUUCCCGGCGUGGGCAACCGUGCUAGACGAUAAGAAUCGAAUUGUUCAAAUGAAGCACCUUCGUCUUGGCGAUCGUGUUCAAGUCUCUGCCUCUGGACAAACAUCUCCAGUUAUAUCAUUUUCGCACCGGGACCAUGAAAUAUGGACCACAGUGAGCACAAUCCAUGUAUCAGGUCCGCCCGGUGGCCUAGGAUCUAACCGCACAAUUCUGUCCGCAUCACCUUCACAUCUUCUCCGCCUCCCUGAUGGCUCAAUGCAUCCAAUUGGGGCACUACGUCAGGGUGACAGCGUCCUUCUUUCUGGCGGACACAUUGGUCGUAUCGGGCGUACAUCGUCCAAACUUGCAAAGGGUUUGUACAGUCCUGUCACAGCCCAUGGGGAUAUUGUCGUGAAUGGAAUAGUGGCGACUUGUUACACAACAUCGUUGAGAGCAGAAGUCGCCCACGCGCUGCUUGUCCCUGUCCGAGCCUUAUUCCAUACGGCGACUAGGGCAUCUUUUGGGCGACCGGAAUGGUGCGCUGUAAUCGACCUAUUCCGAAAAGCGUUUUUUUCGUGA